GCCUACAUUUUGUUGUACUGGUGUCAACACAUAACCUAUAAACACUGAUCUAGGUCUGAAUGAUUUCCUACUGGAUAGUGUCAUUAAACAUUUUGCCUGAUUACAUAAUAAUCACUUAUUACACUUGUACUAUUGUGUAACAGUAAGCUCCUACAUGCUCAGUUCAGAGCCCUAGAUACGCCAGUGACAAAGGAACAUCAAUACACAUUCACAACUAAUACAAGCCUGGAACAAAGGAAAGUGUUGGACCCAGAUUUCUGUUGUUGUUUAUUCCAUUGUUAAAAUUCAAUAUUUCAUUGGCAAAAUAGAAGAUUUGGUAAGCUGUACAGAUAAAUAUUUGUGUUUUGAAUUAUGGGCACGAGGUAAAGAGUGUUCAUAUCACUCAUGGACAAAUGAUUAGAUUGAUCAUUGAUUCUGUGAUGGCCAGCAACCACUUAGGAAUAAACCUGGAAAAACUAAAUCUUGUGGAGUAAAUGUUUGGUCUCCUUUAAAACAUGAUGCCUUGGUGUAUUCGUGGUGGACUUGCAUUUGCUCUGAUUCUUCUGACGUUUCUAAGCCAUGAGUGUUCUUCUCAAAAUACUACAAAUGAAAAUUACUUCUCAACCAUUGAAUACCAGUCUACUGACAACAUAUUUAACUCCAGUAUUAUUCAAGUAACGAACAAUGAAAAUGUAGACAAUGUGACUGCUUUCACACAAAUGACACCAAAUAAUGUUACAACAGAGUCUAAUAUCAGUCACAUGACAGAGAUAAUGGAGUCGUCACUGGAACCAUCACCCUCAUGGGAAGUGAUGUAUACAAGUUAUUUUGAAACAUCAUAUUUUCUAGAAUCAUACACAAUAACAUCUGAAGAUUUAUAUUUUUCAUCCUUAAUAUUGUCUACACCAAAGCUCCGUCCAACACAGUCUUCUGAUAUGACAAGCAUAAUGACUGAAUAUUUUGAAGGUAGUAAUAUGUUUUCAACUAACAUUGCAAAAACUUCAAAUGAUUUUGCUUCUUUUGCGGCUGUUAUGGAAACCUCUAGUUUACCAUUACUACCAGUUACAACUUCUUCAGACAUUCCAAUGGUUUCGCCAUCAUCAGUAAUAGUGCCAUCUUCUUCAUUGGCUGUGGUUAGCACUUCUGCUUUGACAGUUGCAGUAACAACGAGCCCAGAAGGUCCAACAAAAUCUCUUAAAGAUUUCAAAUUCACCAUGAAAAUGAAUGGAAAUUGCGACAAUGUUAAAAGUGACGAAGACUUGUUCAAAAAAGCAUGUAUUGAUGCGAUUACAGAAAGGACAGGCGUCAUUAAGAACCAACUGAUGAUUAAUGACCUCCGCUGUGGUUCAGUUGUCUUGGAUUUUACAUUCUACGAUAAAACAGAAGAGGACAAUGGUGCUGAAAUGCUAGAAAUGGCUUCUGAAGAGGAACCACUGAUCAUCAGUUUCAAAGGGGAAGAAUAUGUUGUGGUGGAAGUUACUGAGGUAUCUUUGACACCCACAAAGAGCUCUGGUGGUUUAAGUAUCGAAGAUCAAAGACUACUGAUUUACUGCGUGGCUGGAGGGCUCUGCGGCUUUGUUGUUUUACUUGCCAUCUGUUUGUGUAUCAGUCAGUGUUGCAAAAACCGACAUAAGAAACGCAAAGAAGAUAUUCUCUUUCAGGGUGAGCACCUGACAAAGUUGUCUGACAUGAACCUCACCACUACCAUCAUUCCACGACCUAAGAGCAUCUACGGCAAUAUAGGCAACUAUGAGACCCGUUGUAGCCUGUUUGCGAUAACCAACAACUACUACUAUUAUAACAAUGGAGCAUUCAUGUUCGAUGAUGAAAGCGAUCCCAAUAGUGGGAUCAUGACUGCUGAUGGGGAAGGGGAAGGUGGAGUCAUGGUUGCUGUGGAAGUUAAUGAACCCACUACUCCUGGUGCUAAGGCGAGUGAACAGUUUGGGAUGAGUGGCAUUCCUGAUUGGAAUUUACCACAACUAGAAGGGGUUGUGCGUGCAGGGAAGGACAUAGAAGGUUCCGACACUGCAAGUAUUCACGAUUUUAGCCGGCCAUCAUCACGUACCUUCAGCAUACCACUUCCUCCUCCUCCACCUCAGUUGCCGAACCACCAGGAGGCUACGGAUGUGACAGAUAUUACAAUAACCGUCCCACAAUGGAACCGGCAGAGCGAUGCCUUUUCUGAGAUCACGGAGUCUUCUUUGAAUGAUACAAACAUGCUUUUGAGGGAAGGUUCACAGAGGAAGAAGGUGCAGGGCUUAGAAAAUGAGGGACUACAACUUGAUGAGGAUAUUGGAGAAGCUAAAAAAGAUAACACCUUGACAAGAAAUGAACCUGGGUCACAGUUAGCUCCAUAUGAGGCCUUAAGCAGGUUAUAAUAGGGCAAAUAAUCAUAAUAAUGAUAAUGAGAUCUGCAAAUCACCAAAGCUAUAGUUUUUAACUAUUUUUUAUUUAUCUGUAAUAAGAGAAUUUAAUAUUGAUUUCUUUCCAACAAAAUUUAAUAUUUUUGUGAAUAUUUUAAAAUUAUUGUAGAACUAAGCAAUGUUGUUGCAAAUAUUUACAACCUGAAUUAAUAAAAAGAUUAUUUAUCUAUAAAUAUAGAGAAUAAUUCUAAUAGUUGUAUUUUCCCAUAGAAAUCUACAAUAUUAUUCUUUGUGAAAAUAUUUGGCUGCCAGUGACUAGCGUACCUAGUAUGGUAUUAAAAAAGUAAUAAUUGCGAAGGUGAAAGGAGAUAUAGAAAGAAAAUAUGCAAGUCAAAUAUAAUGACUGUCUUUAUUUAUAUAAGUAUGAAGAUUAUAGAUCUGAUAAAGUUUUUAUAAGAACUUCUCAUCAGGGUACGUUAUUCACAUUGUACUUAAAAUAAAUAAUAAUAUUUUGAUUGUCUUAUUUUUGUAUACAUACUUUUUAACUAAUGAAAUAUUAAAUUUGAAAAUAUUUUAUAGCUUAUACUACAUUGAUCUGAAAUUUAUUUAAAAGAAAAGAAAAUAUAUAUGUGUAUAUGUGAGGGUAAGAAUAAGAGUUUGGGAUGUUCAGUCUGAAAAUGCUUUUCAGUUUAAAUUGAAAUUCUUGCUGAUUUGUUUAAAGGGGGAAAUCCUCCUUAGAAAAACUUUUAAAUAGAGCAUGAUUUUAUGUAAAGCAUACUGGGUAUUGCCUAGUGUAAAUUACAACGUUUUAUAGUUACAGAAUGUUAGCUUCAAUUAGCCACAGUGGCUGUUCUACAAAAUACACUCAGUGGAGGUUCUGCUGGGCCGGAUGUUCUGUCUGAUGGGGUUCUGUGAAUUUCUGAUCAGUAGGGUCCACAAAUGUAUUAUGCACAAGUCAUAAUAUUCCUGAUGAUGCUUAAAUAAUAUAGAGUAAAAUGGCCUUAUCAAUUUUUGUACAUAAACUCAGUACAUAAAGUCAUGUAGCAUGUCAUAAUUUUUCAUUUGUUCAUUCCCAUAAUGGCCCUGUCACACCUUGACGAUUUAGCCAGCGUAAACCGGUGUAUGAAAAAUUUGGCAAAUAUGCUGACAUACGUCAAAUAGGUUAUGGCCAAGUUUUGAGCAAGCUGAAGCACUCUAGUAUACAUUGUAGUAUGGCAAGGUCAUUGACAAAUUGUUUGAAUGCACACCAUUUUUCGGCACAUGUAGAUGUACAGUAUUAACAUGUUCUGGAAGACCACAGAAUGUAUCUAACUUACAGCUACUGUAUAACGGCGUCUAAGUUACCAAUAUGUUAAAUAUACGUGCAACUCAUUAUGAAUAUGCUAUGUAUACGCCCGAAAUGGAAAAAAAAAACCCUGCUGAUAAUUUAGCGUUUGCCAGCAUUUUAGAGAAAUUUGUAUACGUCGGCAUACGCUGGCUAAAUCGUCAAGGUGUGACAGGGACAUUAUAAACAAACUUAUUUAAUCUGGUAUACUUAAUAACAAAAAAACAAACAAAAAAAAAUAAAAAAAUUUGCUCCUUAUUUUUAGUCAAAUGAAGUAGUGCAAGUGAUUUAAGCCUCACACUCGCAGGCUCCCCCAAUGCUUAGCAAUGAACCCAAGGUCAUACAAUGAUGGUGAAUAGUUAUAAGAGAUUCCAGCUUAUUGCAUUAUGAAAACUGAUCCCUUCCAUGCAUUUCAUAGUUGGCUUUGUAUCUGGUUGUAUUUCUCGACUAUAAAAAUUGUACAAUAAUGCUUUGUAUUAAAUUUUAUGACUAUAUAUAUGCAUCUUAAAUUUAUGAAAUUAAGAAACUUAUUUAGAAAUACGUGUUGUUAUUAAGGUUAUGUGUUUUAGGAGCAACUCGAGCAAGUUUCCACACUAUCAAAUUUUAUGUGACAUAACCAUAUUUGGGUGUAUGACAUCAUUAUGUCCAUAUAUGGCACACCACACAAAUUUGUCAUAUCAGAUUUGAUAAUACAUGGACAAAGCAAAAUGUAGCAAUGGAAAUAAAUAAAAGUCCACCAGAUU